AUGGGGGUCGCCGACCCCAACACGCAGCAUAUCCUCCUCGAUGGCAUCGGCCUCGCAGCCACCUUCCCGUCGCAGACCUUUGAGGACACUGCGAAGGGCAGCCAACGCGGGAAAGGUUAUGUUACGUCUCGUGCUGUUGAUGCUGACUCAAACAGAAUGGCCCUUCAGGCCCUGGAGGCCGUCAGGAUCCAGCUCAAUGGGCAAGCCUCCUCUCUUGACCAGCAGCAUGACGAGAGGAUGGACAAACAUGACGAGAAGCUGCAGGCCUUGCAGGGUGAGCUGGCUGAGUUCAAGAAGUUGCUCGCGGUCGCUGAGGAGAGGCCCGUGGUCCCCGUCGCGGUGCCGUCGGGCUUCUCCCGCGACCCUGACCACGCGCUCGUGGCGCUCGUGGUGGUCAUGUCGCAGGUGCCGACCACCCUCGCCGCGGUCAAGAAGUCGCUGGACGAAUGGUUGCUGUCCUUGGCGUUCAAACCAGAGGACUACAAUAUCGAGGCGGAUGGGCCCUUGCUCAGCCGCCGCUUCCCCAUCAAGUUUGGCGGGCUCUCUGCGCCCGCGACGCGGAAGGUGCAGGCGGUGCUCCCCAAGCUUCGCGAGAACGGCGUUUGGAGAGAGUUCUGGGCUGAGGUCGACGGCGCGCCUGCGCGCCGUCUCCACCUCGGCCCUGGCGAGAGCCCGCAGCAGGUCAAGCAAGAGAUCACGCUGCGCAAGUGCAAGGAUGCCUUCCAGGAGUUGCGCGGCGCGGGCUCCAGGAUCUUCCUGGGCCGUGAGAGGGGGGCGCUGCCCAUCGGAUGGGGCAAAGUGCUGCGGGUCGAGGCUGCUGGGGCGAAGGCUAGCCUGAAGAAGAACUACCUCGCGCGGCUGCGGCCGCACCGCGCGAUCGCCCCGCCGCAGGGGGUCCGCCAGGGCAACCUCCAGCUGCGCGCGUUCAUGAACGAGAUCUACCCCGAGUCCGCGCUGAUCACGAGCUUCGUUGGCGCGGAAAGGAGCGAUGUCUUACUCACGGUCUUCAACAUUCAUAAUCAGGGCAUGCGUUCGGACGACAUCCGUCGCGUGACCGUGUCGAUCGACGCCGCGCUGAGGGCCGCCCAGGACGGCCCUGCUCGCAGGUUAGUGGCGGUCAACGGCGACUUCAAUUUUGCCGCGGACGAGGCGCUCAUCCUGCGCGCCCCCUCGGCCGCCAUUCGGCGGCCCCGCCGCCGGCUGCGCUGCCGGGCUAGCGACGAGCCGUCGCACUAUGUCAAGGACACCAACGAGUCGUCCUGCAUCGACAGGGUCUUUUGCUCCCUGGCCAGCUGGCAGGCCUGCCAGAUGCACGCCACCUCGGCGACGGUCGAGUCGGCGGCCGCUGUCUCUGACAAAAGUGGUCUUGCCGCGUCCAGCGCGGGGCUGCCGAAGCUCGUCGCCGCGAGCUCCAAGCUAGACAGGAAAAAGAAGGGGGUGCACAGCAGCUACCUGGAGUUAUCGGUCGAGGGUCCUGGGCACGGUCUUGUUCGAGCGUGUGCGGGCGACAUCGGAGAGGCGGUUCGGUCGAUCGUGGGGCUCUUGCAGGUCUUCCGUAUCAUGCAGCUCGCUGAGUACUUCGCCAACCUAGUCCUCAAGAUACCGAAAUGCAUGGUCGUGCCCCUGGCUGGGCGCUUCUCCGUACCACUGGCGGCCCGUGUGAAGGCCGCGAUCUUGGAGGCAAUCCCGACUUGGGCUGAUCUGGAGGUGGUCUUGAAGUUGCUCUACUUGGGCCUAUGGUUUGGUCCUGAGGUUGGCCCAUGUGACUGCUGGACGGACCCUGUUGCCAAGCUUCGCCUGCGGGCUCAGGCGAUUUGCCGCGGCGCGACACCCCCCAGCGUCUCAGCCAUAUUGUAUAGCACCCGCGCGGUGGCCACGCUCUCGUACGUCGCGCAAAUUGCCUGGCUGCCCCCCAAGCUCCUGGCGCUUGAGCUGCCCACGCUGGCGCAGGCCUUUCCGGCGCCGCUCGGCGCCCUCUCGCUGGAGUCCUGGGCGCAGCUGUUCCUGUGGGGCGGCCCGCGCGUCCUCCGCUGGGGGCGCGCCGCCGUCGCCUCGCUGGCGCGCGCCGCCACGCUGGCCUUCCCUGAGCACGAGCAGAUCCUGCACUCGCUGGUCUCUUUCGUCAACGAGCACGACGACUGGCGCACGCUGUGCAUGCUCCGCCCAGGUCGUCUGCACCCGAGCUUCUGGCGCUCUCAGUCGCAUGUGGGGACGCUGGCGCAAGCUGCUGCUGGGCUAGGCCCACCUGGUCAGCUCUCGCCCAUGGUGCCCGUCGCUUGCGAGGCGCCCCGUGAGGAGCUCCAGGCGGCCGUGCUCUCGAGCGGCGAGCGGGCCGCCCUCGAGGCGACGGACUUCGGGCCAACCCCCUCUGCUGAGCCCCUCGAGGGCCUCGGUGGCCACGCCGGUGAUUUCUACGCCUGUGCGUCGCAGCUCCAGCUUGCAGAUUUUGUCGACGGUGCCGCGGGGCCCACUAUCGGUGCGGCAGCGCGCGCCUCGGCGUGCAGUGUGGCGGUCAAAACCAUGGUCUCCCUGAUGCCGGCCAGCCCUUCUAUGAAGGAUGUUCCGGACGUUUCCGAGUUCUUUUUGGGGAAGUUGCCCACCGAGCAGAGGCAACAACUCGACGCGGCGGUGGCAUUGGCGACCUCGGAGGGCCGUUUCCUCCGCGUGGGCACCGCGUGCUCGGGCACCGACUCGCCCGUCGCUGUGUUCCGUGGCCUGGCGAAGGCAAUGCCCAGGCUAAAGGUCGAGCACACGUUCUCAUGCGAAAGCGACGUGAAGAAGAGACAAUGGAUUACGGACAAUUUCCCCGACUUGCCGUACCUUUUCGGUGACAUCCAGGAGUUGCCGACAGGCGCAGCUUUCAACUACAUCACCGGGAAAGCUGCGCAAGUUCCACCCGUGGACAUUUUAAUUGCAGGCUUUGUCUGCAAGUCGGUGUCCUUGGAGAACAAUGAGAGAAACAAGUACGCGAACUGCAUCAAAGAGGCGUGCGGUUUUACAGGCAUCACGUUCCAAGGGAUGAUCCAGUACGUUCAGCAAUUCCAGCCAGCUGUGGUAAUAUGUGAGAACGUGGAGGGCCUGGUCAAAAAGAACCGCGGGUUGGAGCCAGUAGUCAACCAUGUCAAGGACGAGUUUGCCUCCAGCGGCUACGCCUUCCAUCACAAGGUGCUGGACUCCAGGGACUUCCUGCUGCCCCACCGGCGCAAGCGGUGCUGGAUGUGGGCCUUCCGCGGCCUGGCGCACGCGGGCGCCGCGGCGCUGGCGGGCGAGGCCGUGCUGGCCCUGCGCCAGGAGAGGCAUUGGGAGAUGAACGCCCUCUUCCGGAGUGUGAAGGCCAGCGACGUCGACAUGCCGAGGCCGCUCAACGAGCGCGAGCGCUCCGUGGUGCAGAAGGUGCUUUCGAAGCUUUCGCCAAGAGAGCGCGGAGAGGAGGUCGUGGUGGACGUCGGCAAAUCUGUGGAGAGGGCGGUUUAUUGCGUAGGUGCAGCGCCAUGCGUAGUUCCCAAUUCUCGACCAUACCGCGUAAAGAAGGACAAACUCCUAUCGCCUGAGCAGGUCCACGCGGUGCAGGGGAUCUUCAAAGAGGACUUCCCUGCGCUGGCGCGCUGGGGAAAGGAGAAGAAAAUACUCACGCGCGACCUCGCUGGCAAUGCCUUCUCCACAACAGUGUGCAUGGCGGUCGCCAUCGCGGUACUUUGCCAUGGCCCGUUGCCAGGGACAGGCGCCCUGAAGCGCAUUCAGGCGGUCACGGAGGAGCACCUCGAGGGGGCCGCCGCUCCAGCCACGCCGCCCGCGAGGGCCUCGCGCGCCCCCGUGGCGACGACGCCGCGGCGCGUGCAGCCCCCGCGCGCGGUCAAGAGGACCCGCGCCGGCGCCAGUUCACCGGCAGCGGGCGGCCCGCUGGCGAAGAGGUUGAGGGUGAAGUCCAGUGACGUGGGGCGGCAAUACGAGUUCUAGCCGGGCGUUG